UUUGCGCCGUCCGUUUCUGCUCGCUGAACUCCCCGGAGCCUCUCCUCUUCCCGGAGCAAAUCUCUGCAUCCAAAAUGUCUCUGGUUGCCAACGAAGAUUUUCAGCACAUUUUGCGUGUGCUCAACACUAAUGUUGAUGGAAAGCAAAAGAUUAUGUUUGCUUUGACAUCUAUCAAGGGUAUUGGGAGGAGAUUUGCUAACAUUGUCUGCAAGAAAGCUGAUGUUGACAUGAACAAAAGGGCUGGUGAAUUGAGUGCUGCCGAGUUGGACAAUCUCAUGGUGGUUGUUGCAAACCCUAGGCAGUUCAAAAUUCCAGAUUGGUUUUUGAACAGGCAGAAGGAUUACAAGGAUGGAAAAUUUUCUCAGGUUGUGUCAAAUGCCCUUGAUAUGAAGCUGAGAGAUGACUUGGAGCGCUUGAAGAAGAUCAGGAACCACCGUGGUCUGAGGCACUACUGGGGCCUCCGAGUCCGUGGUCAGCACACCAAGACAACAGGUCGCAGAGGAAAGACUGUUGGUGUCUCUAAGAAGCGCUGAACUUUUUGUUGUUAUUUCAAACAAAUAUAUAUUGUCAGGGAGAGUUAUUUUGCUUUUGAGUUUUAUUGUCAUCAAGACAAUUUUGGAUGUGAUUUUCAUACUUUGAAUGGAUUAUUAAUCUUGUGAACCCCAAGAAUUUCAAUCUUUUGCUUCAUCCUCGGUUGUAUGCCUGGAAUCAUAGGGGUGUUUUAUAUGAUUAGAUUAUCUUCCAUGCUCCCACCUCUUGAAUGCAUUGUCUAGUGUUGUAUAUAACUGUUUUAACCAAAAGAAAGCUAGUUUUCUUAG